AGGUAACGGUACCAGAAUGCUGCUAACAGAUUGCAAAACAUAUUUCCAUACUGACAAUCUUUACGAUGUUCUACGGAUAGAUCGUAGUGCAACUGCGACUGAAAUCAAGAAGGCCUAUUAUAAGCAGUCCAUGAAAUGGCAUCCUGACAAAGCUGCUAAUGAUGAGGACUCAACGAAAAACGCAACUGUUCGUUUCCAAAUCUUGACGAAAGCUUACCAAAUUCUAUCAGAUAAGGAAAAACGUCUGCUGUAUGACGAAUCAGGUGUGAUUGAUGAGGAGAACGUCCUGAGUGAAGAGGAUAGCAUCAAUAUGUGGCGGCAGGUGUUCAAAAAAGUCACCGUGGAAGAUAUUGAAAAGUUUGUAGCUCAAUAUAAAGGAUCGGAAGAAGAGGAAGGAGAUAUCAUAGCUAGCUAUAAUUUGUGCAACGGUGAUAUGACGAAGAUUAUGGACUCAAUCAUGGGCGCAACAUAUGAGGACGAACCGAGAAUCAAGGAGCUUAUCGAUAAGAAGAUCAGCGAAGGUGUCUUGAAGGAAACAGCAAAGUACAAAUCAUCAACAUCAAAGGCAGCUGUUAACAAGCGACGUCGGAAGGCAGAAAAAGAAGCUGAAGAAGCUCUAGAGGAGCAAAAGAAAAUGAAAAUGGAUGGUGAGAAGAGUUUGCACGCUCUUAUUCUGAGUCGUCAGUCGGAGCGUGCAUCAAAUAUGGACGCUUUCCUCGAUUCCCUGGCUUCCAAAUACGGUGACAAGAAGAAGAAACGCUCCAAAAAAUAAUCAAAACAUAGAAUUGGUGAUCUCUCUUCAACUAAGUAAAAUUGGUCUUUCUGUAAUUAUUUCUAACAUCUGUAUCACAUUGUAUUAUCAGCUUGUCACGCAACAAUGAAGUGUUCGGGUAC